AUGGGCGACGCAGUCAUUGAGGGUUCGAACUGGCGCCUCGUUGAGGUUGGCCGAGUCGUUGUUAUCAACGGCGACCACCCCUUCGCUGGCCACCUGGCCACGAUCGUCGAGAUCAUCGACCACAAGCGAAUUCUCGUCGACGGUCCUUCCGCGAACGCUAGCCUCGCUACUCCCCGACAAGCCGUUCCCCUCAACAAGGUUCUCCUCUCCUCUCUCGUUGUCGAGGGUCUGAACCGCGGCUCUCGAACUGGUGCCGUCCGAAAGCUCUGGGAGAAGUCCGAAAUUGACUCCAAGUGGGAGCAGACCAACUGGGCCAAGAAGCGGGACCAGAUGGAGCGAAGGAAGGCUCUUACCGACUUCGAGCGUUUCCAGGUUCUCCGACUCAAGAAGCAGCGACGAUUCGAGGAGCGCAAGGCUCUGGCCAAGGUCAAGGCCUCCGCAUAA